AUGUCAAAUAGUUUACAAGGUAUAACUAAAUUAUUACAACAAUCUUUAUUACCACAAUUAGCUAAACAAUCUGAAUUACAAUUAAAAUCAAUUGAAAUUGAAAAUGGGUUUUCUAUAAAUUUAUUGCAUGUUAUUGCUUCAACAAAUUUAUCUUCAUCAAUUAGAUUAGCUGGGGCAUUAUAUUUUAAAAAUUUAAUUAAAAGAAGAUGGUUAAAUGAAGAUGGGGUUUAUUUAUUACCAAUUGAAGAUAUAAAUAAAAUUAAAGAUGAAAUUUUAGAUAUUAUGAUUAAAUUACCUUUAAAUUUGCAAUUACAAAUUGGUGAAUCAAUUACAUUAAUCGCAGAAAGUGAUUUCCCUCAUAAUUGGCCAAAUUUAAUUGAUAAUUUAGUUUUAAAAUUAUCAUUAACUGAUUUUGUUAAUAAUAAAUCAAUUUUAUUAGUUUCUCAUUCAAUUUUUAAAAAAUGGAGACCUUUAUUUAGAUCUGAUGAUUUAUUUUUAGAAAUUAAAUUAGUUUUAGAUAAAUUUGUUGAACCUUUUCUUAAAAUAUUUAUUGAAAUUGACAAAUUAAUUUCAGAAACUAAUAAUCAAGCAAAAUUGGAAAUUUAUCUUGAAAAUUUAUUAUUAUUAAUUCAAAUUUAUUAUGACUUUAAUUGUCAAGAUAUACCUGAAUUUUUUGAAGAUCAUAUGAAUGAAUUAAUGAGCAUUGUUCAUAAAUAUUUAGUUUAUAAUAAUCAAACAUUAGUAACUGAUUCUGAUGAUGAAGUUUCAAUAUUAAUCAAAGUUAAAACUUCAAUUAUUGAAUUAUUAUUAUUAUAUGUUACAAGAUAUGCUGAUGUUUUUGAGCCAUUAAUACAAACUUUUAUAACUUCUGUAUGGGAUUUAAUUAAUAAUUAUGUUACAAAACAACAAAAAUUUGAUUUAUUAGUUGUUAAAUCUUUACAAUUUUUAACUUCAAUUAUAAAAAUACCAAAUUAUCAAUCAUUAUUUCAAAAUGAACAAAGUAUAAACGAAAUUAUAGAAAAAAUCAUAUUACCAAAUAUUGUAUUUAGAGAAAAUGAUGAAGAAUUAUUUGAAGAUGAACCUAUAAUAUUUGUUAGAUCAGAUUUAGAAGGUUCAGAUUUUGAUUCAAGAAGAAAAAGUGCUACUGAUUUUUUAAGAGAAUUGAAAGAAUUUAAUUCUGAAUUAUUAACUAAUUCUGUUAUGAAAUAUGUUAAUCAAUUUUUAUCUUUAGGUGGUGGUUGGAAAAAUAAAGAUACUGCAAUUUAUUUAUUUAGUUCAUUAGCUACAAAAGGUUCAGUUACAAAUAUUGGUGUUACAUCAACAAAUGUUUUAGUUGAUGUUGUUAAAUUUUUUAGUGAUAAUGUUGCAAAUGAUUUGGAAUCUUCAAAUUUCCCAAUUUUACAAGUUGAUGCAAUCAAAUACAUAUACACAUUUAGAAAUCAAUUAACAAAAGAACAAUUAUUAAUAACUAUUCCAAGAUUAAUUAAUCAUCUUAAUGUAAAAUCAAAUCCUGUUGUUUAUACAUAUUCAGCAAUUACAAUUGAAAAAUUAUUAUCAAUGACAAAUUUUUCACAAAAUCAUUCACCAGUUUUUAAUAAAUCUGAUAUUGAACCAUUUAUAGGUGAUUUAUUAACAAAUUUAUUUAACCUCAUUUUAUCAUCAUCAUCAUCAUCAAAUCAAACACCUGAAAAAUUGGCAGAAAAUGAAUUUUUAAUUAAAUGUAUAAUGAGAGUUUUAAAUACAUCAGAAGAUUUAUUAACUACAAAUAGAUUACCAAUAAUUGAACAAUUGAUAAAAAUUUUAAAACUUAUUGCCAAAAAUCCAUCAAAUCCAAAAUUUAGUCAUUAUAUUUUUGAAUCAUUAGGGUUAUUAAUUAAAUAUGGUAUAACACAAAAUAAUAUAAAUUCAUAUAUUGAGUUAAUUAUACCUGAAUUAUUAAAUAUUUUAUCUGAGGAUGUUCAAGAAUUUGUACCAUAUACUUUUCAAAUAUUAGCAUAUUUAUUAGAAAAUUAUUGUCAAGGGUUACCUGAAACUUAUAAAUCAUUAAUUGAACCUUUAAUGUCACCUUCAAUAUGGCAAUUUAAAGGUAAUAUACCAGGAGUUACUCGUUUAUUAAUUGCAAUUAUAGAAAAGGAUCCAAAUUAUUUUAAACAAGAUAAUAUUGUACCAUUAUUAGGAGUUUUCCAAAAUUUAUUAGCAUCUAAAAUUAACGAUAAUUAUGGAUUUGAUUUAAUUACAAUCAUAUUAUUAUAUAUUCCAUUAAAUGUAUUAACGCCUUUCCUUAAUAAUAUUGCAAAAGUGAUAUUAACAAGAUUACAAAAAUCAAGAACAGAAAAAUUUAUUAAAAAAUUUACAUUAUUUAUUAAUAAUUUAAAUUGUAUUCCAAAUUCAAAUAAAUCUUUUCCAAAUCAAAUAAAUUCCGAAUUUAUAAUUAAAUUUAUGGAAAAUGUUCAAAUUGGAUUAUUUCAACAAAUUUUUCAAUCAUUUAUAAUUCCAACUUCAAAAAAUUUAAACAAUUUACAAGAUAAAAAAAUUGUAAAUAUUGGUUUGAGUUUAAUUAUAUCAAGUGAAUCUUUUGCUAAAGAAUUGAUAAUACCUACUAUAACUACAUUGAUUGAAAAUCUUAAAUCUUAUGAAGGUUUAAAAAGGGAAAUAAAAGAACAACCACAAAAUCCACAAAAUCAACCAUUAAAUGAAUUAGAUUUAGAUUUAACUUCAUUUGGAUCAAAUUAUUCAAAAAUUAUAAGUAUUCAAAAUGGAACAUUUGAUCCAUUAUCAAUGAUUAAAAAUAAUGAUUUUGAAACUAUAAAAUUGAUAAUUUUAAAUAAUUUAAAAAAAAUAGAUUUGGUUUAUCUUGGUCAAUUAUCAAUUGAAUCACAAAAUGAUUUAAAACAAUUAGGAUUUGUAUAA